ACCGAGCGCCUCCCGCUCCGCCGCCCUCACGGCCCGGCCCGGCAUGGAGCGGCGCUGAGAGCCCGAGGCAGCCAGCCCGAAGCCGCCUUUGUGCCACCGUAGGGGCAAGGAUUAUCGCCACCGUCCCUGGGAUGGAGGACGCCGGCGUCCAGCGGGGAAUAUGGGACGGGGAUGCCAAGACGGUCCAGCAGUGCUUGACUGACAUUUUUACCAGCGUUUACACCACCUGCGACAUCCCGGAAAAUGCCAUUUUCGGCCCCUGCGUCCUGAGYCACACGUCCCUGUACGACAGCAUCGCCUUUAUCGCACUCAAGUCCACCGACAAGCGCACCGUCCCCUACAUAUUCCGGGUGGACACGUCGGCGGCCAACGGCUCGUCCGAAGGGCUGAUGUGGCUGCGGCUGGUGCAGUCGGCGCGGGAGCGGGAGGAGCAGAACCUGGAGGCCUACAUCAAAAGCGGGCAGCUCUUCUAUCGCUCCCUACGCCGCAUCGCCAAGGACGAGGAGCUGCUGGUGUGGUACGGGAAGGAGCUCACCGAGCUGCUGCUGCUUGGCCCGGCCCGAGCCCCCGCCCGCACCAACGGCUCGCCGCCCUUCGCCUGCCCUGAGUGCAGUCAGCGAUUCCAGUUCGAGCUGCCCUUCGCCGCACACCUCCGGUUCCGCUGUCCCAAAAGGCUGCACGGCCCCGACACUGGCCCCGCCGCCGAGGCCGCCGGCGUCAAGGAGGGCGCCGGCAAGGAGCAGGAGCCCGGCAAGUUCGGGAAGCCCAGCGGGCCGCCGCAUCACCCUUUCCCCGGGCCCGAGGGAGGCCCCGCCGCCAGCACCAAGCCCUCCACGGACUUCCACAACCUGGCGCGGGAGCUGGAAAACUCCCGCGGCGGGCGCGGCGGGUCCCCGGGCCGGCCGGCGCCCCCCGAGGGCGGCCCUGAGGCUGCGGCCGGAAAGGCGAAGCGGCGCUUCCCUGAGGAGGAAGAGCGCGGGCCCGGCGCGGCGCGGGGCCGCUUCCCAGCGGAGCGGCCGGGGUUGCCGGCGGCGCCCAAGGAGGAGCCGGGCAGCGCCCCGCAGCAGCAGUACCGCGCCGCCGGCUCCUACUGCGGGCUCGAGGAGGGCGGACGCCUCUUCGCGCCGCCCAGCCCGGAGACCGGCGAGGCCAAGCGCAGCGCCUUCGUGGAGGUGAAGAAGACRGCCCGCGGCCCCGAGCCCGACGGCGGCCCCGAGGAGGGCCCGGAGCGCGGCUCCCCGGGCGCGGGCGGCGCGGAGCCUGGGCUGGUGGGCUCCGCCACGGAGGUUGCCCAAGGACCAGGAGCCGCAGCGACCAGGCUGUGCGCGGCUCAGCGGGUCAGCGGCAGGGAAAAUAGCCCAAAGGCGGAGCUGGCCACGGCCGGCGACACGGUGUCGGGCAAACGGGGRCCGGGGUUCCCCGGGACGCUGCGCCGGGGCUCUGGGGGAUGCGGGCGGGUUGCGGGCACGCCGGGGGCGGCAGAGGCGGGUGGGCACCGCCAUCUAGUGGGGCCGCCGCGGGGCUAG